UCCUCCUCCUACCUUGCCAUGUGCACCCAUAUCUGAUACCUCCAUUCCUCUCCCUCUUCCUUCCCCACUACUGCUCCUAUAAAACUAUAUCAGUAACUGCCUUUUGACUUGCUAAACCUAUAAAUAUGAUGGCUUCUGUAGCCAUGUUCGGCGGAGUUCUCCUCGCCAUAUGGCUCAUUCAAUGGGCUUACAGAUGGAGGAAUCCCAGAUGCAGUGGAAGGCUCCCUGCUGGUUCCAUGGGCCUGCCGUUGAUUGGAGAGACCCUUCAGUUCUUCACACCGAACGCUACAUCGGACGUCCCUCCCUUUGUCAAGGAGAGAAUGAAGAAAUAUGGGCCAGUAUUUAAGACCAGUUUGGUUGGGCGCCCUCUAGUGGUGUCGACCGACCCGGAGCUCAAUCACUUCGUAUUCCAGCAAGAAGGAAAGUUGUUUCAGAGCUGGUACCCGGACACCUUCACGGAGAUCUUUGGCCGCGACAAUGUGGGCUCGUUGCAUGGGUUCAUGUAUAAGUACCUCAAAAGCUUGGUCCUUCGGCUCUUUGGACCUGAGAGCUUAAAAGAGAAUCUGCUCCAUGAUGUGGAGAAGUCCGUAUCGAAUAGUCUUAGCUCAUGGUCAGGCCAGCCAAGUGUCGAAUUGAAAGAAGCCACAUCAAAGAUGAUAUUUGAUCUCACUGCCAAGAAGUUGAUCAGUUAUGACCCAUCCAGCUCGUCAGAAAAUUUGAGGAAAAAUUUUGUUGCAUUCAUACGGGGACUAAUUUCAUUUCCAGUAAACAUUCCAGGAACUGCUUACCACCAAUGUAUGCAGGGGCGGAAGAAUGCAAUGAAAGUGCUUAAGACUAUGCUAAAGGAGAGGCAGAACUCACCAAGAAGGCAAUGCGUGGACUUCUUCGACUCUGUUAUCGAAGAACUAAAGAAAGAAAGACCAGUCAUAACAGAGACAAUUGCUCUAGAUUUGAUGUUUGUGCUUCUCUUUGCAAGUUUUGAAACUACAUCCUUGGCUCUCACUGCAGCGAUGAAACUUCUCACUGACCAUCCUAGAGUACUGGAGGAGUUGACGGAGGAGCAUGAAGCGAUUCUCAAAAAUCGGGAGAAUCCAGAUUCUGGAAUUACAUGGAAUGAGUACAAAUCCAUGAGCUUUACAUUUCAGGUUAUUAAUGAAACGGCCAGAUUGGCGAAUAUCGUACCAGGAAUCUUUAGAAAAACAAUGGAAGAUAUUAAGAUAAAAGGAUUUACAAUUCCAGCAGGAUGGGGGGUUAUGGUCUGUCCUCCUGCAGUGCACUUGAAUCCAGAGAUAUACGAGGAUCCACUUGCCUUCAAUCCAUGGAGGUGGAAGGACAAGUUGGAACUCACUGGUGGGUCAAAAAAUUUCAUGGCCUUUGGAGGGGGGUUAAGAUUCUGUGUGGGGGCUGACUUCACCAAGCUUCAGAUGGCCAUCUUCCUCCAUUGCUUGGUUACUAAGUACAAGUGGAGGGCUAUCAGAGGAGGGAACAUGGUUCGAACCCCGGGUUUAGGAUUUCCCGAUGGAUAUCACAUCCAGCUCCUCCCUAAAACUUGAUGCUGAUCAAAGUUGCUUGGUUCCUGGAAACUUGUAAGAGAGGGGUUUUAAUGUAGUGCUACAUGCAAGUCUGGAUAGAAAAUACGCAACACAAGCGAAUUUACUCAGUAGAAAAUAGAGUGGUGUUCAGGGGUUUCAGAGAGCACUAGGUUUAGAGUACCUGAAAGUAUAAUUACUAGGAAAUUAUAUGGUUUUCUUAUCAUGUAAUAGCUAGAUUUGGAUAAGUUCUUGUUUUCAGAUGUCCACAAAAGGUGUUUUCUACAUUGUCAGCUGCUAAUCCCUUUUGUACCAAGUCUGCAGAGUACACAAGAGCAUGGAAAAGGGUAUGUUGAUUGAGUUAAUGACCAUGAAACAUA